AUGUUAUUCACAGAAAGUUCAGUACUGGGCCAAUCUGGUAUCACUUUGAUUUCAGGAUUACAAAGACCAGUUAGUCCUGUUCGAUUAUUUAUUUGGAUAGAUUUGGUCAAAAAAAUAGCAGUUGUUAGCAAUUUCAAUCAUCAUAAAAUAGUAGCAGUGGCCAAAGAAACCUCAGAGAUCACAAUUGGUGACAAAAAGAAUAAAUUUUACAUUUAUAAAUUUUUCUAUCCAGUAUCAGAAUCAAGAUCUGGUUUAGCAGCAUAUGAAGGAGUCAAUGGAAAAUCUGGAGAGUUGGCACAACAAUCAAAUCUCAGUAAACCUCAAAAAG